UCAACCUGAGCCCUUUCUUGGCCAUUCUGCCAGUGAGCACGUGACCACACGCUGCCCGUUGCUCCCGCCCUCCAUGUCUCCCUCUCUCUCCUACAGCUGCGCUCUGCGGAGCUAAAGCUAAUUGUACUCGCAGCGUACCAGAGGAGCUCAACCCUGCCUGUUCUUUCUUGCCGUGCGGGUGCGGUCACCGCCGCCGCCGCCGCGCUCCGUGCCGCGUCCGUGAUCUGCCAUCCAGCCGUGCAUGCGCCGAGGCUUCGACCAGGCCCCUGCGGUUCCUGCGACGCUGUUAUAAUGGAAGCAGCCACAUUCAAGGAAACAGCCAGAACUGAACUAUAAUCAGAUAUUGUUGCUGUGUAAUACAGAUUCAAAAUGACUGACAUGAGGCGCCACUCCGUCUCCGUGGAUGUCCCACUGUCAAGAACCCUGGUGCAGCUCAAGCGAGUGAGGUCGCUGCGGGAUCCAGCAACAAACUCUAUGAGCAAGUAUGCAUCUCCUUCUGACAGUAUGAUCUGGGAGACUGCUUCUAGCAAUGGAGCGAUGAUGGAAGGAAGCAGGUCAGCACACCAUCAUUUGAUUGAAGAGGAUGUGGAUUUGGAAGCCGAAGCUACCAUGGGGUCAGAGCGAAGCUUCCGGGCACCAAAUGCAAGAACUGCAUCUUACAGGAAAUCUUCAGUUGUCAGGAUCAGAGGCUUCAACCCACCAAGAAACAAGCAAGUUCAUCGUGUCCGCGGGGAUGGUCACAGGAAAUCGGUGGAUUCUAACCACUCUAAUCAUAGCUCCCUUCGGCAGUUGGCAAACAAUAUAGUAACCAACGUGGUGGAGGAGAAGGAAGAGGAGGAGGUGAAUUCCUAUGAACGGGCACAUCUCGCUUUGCCAGAGAAGAGCGAGGAAGAAGUGAAAAGGCGUUCCAAAUUCAAGGGCAAGUCUUCUGCUGCAAUGAGCCGCGUUGGCAGCCCCUGUAUGUCUGCCAGUGAAGCGCGUUCAGUUGGAUCCAGAAGAAGCACAGUAGGGCAUGGAACUGAGGACACACGAGUUAGGUCGAAUGAUGUUGUAGGAUCAAACUUCAGUGGAUGCGGUAUAAGCUACUGCUGGUCAGGAGCAUCAAAGUACCGCGAUCUUUAUUCCGAUAGUGAUGGUCCAGAGCAACCUCUCCUAUCCCCAGAGGGGACUGAGGUACCGUUCCAAGAGAAUGUACCAUACACCGAGACACCAAGGUGUUUAAGCCAAAAAUUUCGCCCUCGAUCAUUCAGUGAACUGAUUGGCCUCAAUGUGGUUGCUCAGUCCCUCUUGUAUUCCUCUUGCAAAGGAAAGAUUGCUCCAAUGUACUUGUUCCAUGGACCCCGGGGUACAGGCAAGACUUCUACGGCACGCAUUUUUGCUGCUGCCCUAAAUUGCCUCUCUCUCGAAGAGCAAAGGCCAUGUGGGUUCUGUAAAGAGUGUGUCAUUCUCUUCUCUGGGAGGAGCAGGGACGUAAAAGAAAUUGAUGCAGCAAAAAUGGAUCGUUUGGGCCGCGUAAAGGCACUUCUCAAGAGUGCAUCUCUUGUCCCAUACUCGUCACGCUUCAAGGUUUUCAUAGUUGAUGAAUGCCAUCUGUUGCUAGAAGAUGCCUGGUCGGCAAUAGUAAAGAGUCUUGAUGAGCCAUACCGGCAUGCUGUCUACAUUAUGAUUACCUCUGAUCUAGAUAGCUUACCUCGCACUUCCGUCACACAUUGCCAGAAGUUCCAUUUUCCGAAGAUAAAGGUUGCAGAUAUUGUCAACAGGUUGGAGAGAAUCUGCGUAGAUGAAGGGUUAGAAUUUGACCAUGAUGCGUUGCACUUCAUUGCUGCAAAGUCUAAUGGUUCUCUUAGAGAUGCUGAAAUAAUGCUGGAUCAACUUAGUUUGCUUGGGAAGAGGGUCACGAUUUCUCUUGUGCAUGAACUUGUAGGAUUGGUUUCUGAUGAUGAGUUGAUUGAGUUGCUUGAUCUAGCACUGUCAUCGGACACAACCAAUACAGUUAGACGAGCUCGGGAACUUAUGGCGUCGUCAGUUGAUCCCCUGCAGCUGGUCUCUCAGCUGGCAAACCUUAUUAUGGACAUUCUCUCAGGACGAUGCCAAUCUGCGGUAACUGAAGUCAGCAAAAGUUUCUUGGGAAGAUAUGCGUUGGCAGAUGUUGGUAUAGAGAAACUAAGACAUGCACUCAAAAUACUGUCAGAAACUGAAAAACAGUUGAGGACAUCAAGAAAUAAGGCAACUUGGGUUACUGUUGCACUUUUGCAGUUUGGCAGUUCUGAAUCUGACAUAGUAGCAGAAACAAAUGACAUGCAUGCACGCUCAGCAACAGGAUAUACAGAUGACUGGGUAUCCAAGGUAAACUCAAGCUCCAAUUUCUGCGAUGCGUGUAACAGCAAUAAGUCCAACUGUUCCGAGAGACACUGUAGACGGCUUAAGCUUGAAAACAUCUGGAGGAGAGCCACUGGGAAGUGUCAAUCAAGAUCAGCCAGAAGUUUCCUCAAGAAAGAAGGAAUCCUAUCAUCAGUCCAUGUUACCGAAGGUAAUUCAGAGGUGGCUAUAGCUGAAGUUGGAUUUAGUCACCCGGAUCACCUAUCAAGGGCAGAGAAAAUGCAAAGCCUGAUACAAGGAGUACUACAGCACGUUCUUGGGUUCAAUGUGGAGGUCAGAUUCAAACUUGUCCCAUGUGCAGCGAGGAAAGAUGCAAGGUCGAAGAGACACUCAUUCAGUCUGCUUGGCUGCUCGGGGCGAAAGCAAGAGCUGUCAGAUUCCACAGUGACAGAUGAAGAUGAACCUGUGAGGCAUGGAGCAAGAGAAACACCUCUCAAAGGCUACUCCUCUAGUCAGCAGCCGUCGCCAUUCAUCAUGCAACGUGUUGAUUCUAAGCCAACAGUUCAUGGCUCCGAGGACGAUGCCCGGAGCACCUUGACAUCAAACAGAUCCAUGACUGAUGACCUGACAAGGACAUGUAGGUCGGAGACUAACUACUCCAAGGGCGCAAGUGAGCAGGGUCGUUUCGAUAGCAUCCAGGAGCCAGACCUUCAGCCGAAUUGCUUCUCACGAACAUUGAAGCUUCAAAAGAGGUUCUUCUCGUCGGAUGCAGCACACACAAUCUGUUUCAGGAUCCAGCCACACAACAAAAUGGGUUUCCUACCUAAGAAAGAAUUCGAUACAUAUUUUUGCACCUAUGGGCCCUAUGAGCAGUGUCCAAGAUCGAAUUCAAGAGCUACUUACGGUUCAAGAGAUGAGGACUUGUCCAUCAAGACUUCUUCUGGGUUCGGUAACCUGCUCUGCUGGAAGGGCCCUAAACAGUCAAUCUAACAGGUUCCACUACAUUCAGCUUUUUUUAUGGGGCCUUUUGAAUGCAGAAAUGGAUGAUCAAAGAUGACGAACCACAAUCACAUAAAUUCUGGAAACUCAAAAUUUUGCCCGAAGCUAGAGAGUUGGACACCCUUCGGCAGUAAUUUUUAGGGGAGUCUGCGGACACGAUUCAGUCUAAAUGCAUCUGCACCGAGUUAUUGCUAUUUUAAAAACAAAUGAUGAAACUUGUUGUCUGUAGGCUGCAUUUAGUCAGAUUUUUUAGCUAAGCAGAUUUGAUAAGAGACCUGGAGAGGCUGUUUCCACUUAUUGUAUGAAAGAACUAUAAUGCUAGUGAUGAUUUGUACAGCAUGCCGAUGAUACAUCCAAGUUUUCUAAAUUUGAAUACCUUUUGUAGCA